CGUCUUUCUAAUUGUUGCUUAAAAUCGACUACAUGCUUGAAUAUUUAUUUCAAAUAAUUUGAAUAAUUUCAGUUCUGAAAUUGCAAAGAAGAUGUAGCAGAAGUAGCAAUUGUUAAGGAAUAAUAAACACAAAAAUAAAAACUCUUUAUAUUGAAGUGAAACAGUAAAUAAAAAACGUAAUAAAAAUUACUUACCAAAUGAAAUGGGUGAUAAACGUCAUGGCUUGUCGAAAGAAGAAAUUGCAAAGCAAUUUAUGCUACCAGAGAGGAAAAGUAAAAUAGCAACUCUUUUAAAGCAAGAUGGACAAGCAUAUUGUAUUUGCAGAAGCUCGGAUAGUUCUCGAUUUAUGAUUGGAUGCGAUGCUUGUGAAGAAUGGUAUCACGGAGACUGUAUAAAUAUCACGGAAAAAGAGGCCAAAUACAUUAAACAAUUCUUUUGUGUUAGAUGUAGGGAAGAAGAUCCUACUUUAAUAACUAGAUAUAAGCCAAAAAAGACAGAACGUGUGGAAAAACCAGAUCAAGAUGAUCGUAAACAUAAAAAGAAUAAAGAAAAAGAACGAGUUUUAAGAUAUGAAUAUGAUGCACCUUGGGAUCCGACAGUUACUAAGAAAUCAUCAAAGCGAUGCGGAGAAUGCUCUGGCUGUUUACGAAAUGAAAAUUGUGGGAAAUGCGAUGCCUGCAGACAUCUGAAAAAAUUUGGUCCAUCAAUUCGUUUAAAACUUCGUUGUGAUCAAAGAACUUGUAGAGUUCUUGGAGAUCCGUUGAAACCAUCUAAAAGUAUUAAUCGUAACACAAAACUGAAUAGAAAAAGAAGACGAGAUUCAAGCAACGAAAGAAUAGAUUGUCUUGAACCACCCAGGCAUUGCUACGGCCCAUCAUGUACAAAGCAAUCUCGACCCGGUAGCAAAUAUUGCUCCGAAGAUUGUGGCAUAAAAUUAGCCACAAAUAGAAUUUUUCAGGUACUUCCACAAAGGCUUCAAGAGUGGUCUUUUACGCCUUGUAUAGCUGAACAAAAUAAUAGGUUGGCCUUAGAAAACGUUAGAAAACAGCAACAUGAAGUAAGGAGAAUUCUCCAAGAAUUGGAUAAAAGGCAUGCAGAGCUAGAUAAAAUUGUGGAACGUGCGAGACAUGCAAUUAUAGAUCCCAAAACUGAAAUUGAUGAUAACGAUGACACGGAAAUGAGUAUGUACUGUAUAACCUGUGGUCAUGAAAUCAAUUCAAGAACGUCUAUUAAGCACAUGGAAAAAUGUUUUAAUAAGUAUGAAUCCCAAGCAUCCUUUGGAUCUAUUUUUAAAACUCGAAUUGAAGGACAAGUUAUGUUCUGUGAUUUUUAUAAUCCAAUAAAUCACACUUAUUGUAAAAGGCUGCGAGUACUAUGUCCCGAGCACUGCAAAGAUCCAAAAAUAAGUGACACGGAAGUUUGUGGUUGCCCUUUAGUCACAAAUGUUUUUGACGCAACUGGAGAAUUUUGCAGAGCUCCCAAAAAGAAUUGUGUAAGGCAUUAUGUAUGGGAAAAGUUACGAAGAGCUGAAAUUGAUAUGCAAUGGUUAAAAAUUGACGAGCUUGUUGAACAAGAAAGACAAAUUCGAUCGAACAUGGCAUCCAGAGCUGGUGUACUUGCUUUACUGCUUCAUUCUACAUAUAAUCAUGAAAUAAUGGAGCAAAUUACGCAAGAACAAAAUAGAGAACAGAUGAAAGCAAUGGAAGAAGAAAUGCAAAGAAGAUAUGGAAUGCAUUUACAAAUUGAAUCAAACAAUGAUCAAUGACAAUUUACAUGAGCUUAUUUGUAAAUGGAUAA